AUGUGUAAUGGCAGCCAGAGCGGCUUCAAGCUCGGGGACUUCUCCAUUGACGAGUACAGACCCAUGAAGGUCAUCGUGAUCGGCGCAGGAUACAGCGGCAUCAUCGCAGGGAUUAGAUUCCAACAGAGAAUUCCUAACCUCGAACUGACUAUAUACGAGCAGAACGCAGGCGUGGGUGGAACCUGGUACUCCAAUCGGUAUCCUGGCGUGGCAUGCGACAUCCCGUCCCAUUGCUAUCAACUCACAUUCGAACCGAAGACUGAUUGGUCGAGCCUCUACGCUCCUGGCGCGGAGAUCCGCACUCAUCUCGAGUCUGUCGUCGAAAAGCACAAGCUCGUCCCCUACAUCAAGCUGCAACACCGCGUCCUGCAUGCGCGAUACGAGGAGCUAACGGGAAAGUGGCAUCUGCGGGUUAGACGUCCCAUGUUCACCGACACUGCUGACUUCCUCUUCACGGGCGUCGGCAUGCUGAGCAGGUGGAAGUGGCCCGAAAUCGACGGCUUGAACACGUUCGAAGGAAAACUCCUCCACACUGCUAACUUUGACGUCGGCGAGCGCACGUGGGAGAAAGCGGUUGAAGACUGGCAGUGGAGAACGAAGAAGGUCGGCGUCAUCGGCUCGGGCUCGAGUGCGAUUCAAACCGUUGCAGCGCUACAACCGCACGUCGGUAGGAUGGUUCAGUUUGUGCGCGGUAAGACUUGGGUUUCGCCGCCGUUCACUCGACACAAGCUGGGAGAGCUCCUUCGGCAUGACACGGGUGCUGAGAACUUUGAAUUCAGUCAGGACGACAAGGAGGCAUUUAAGGACGAAGAGGAGUACAAGCAAUUCCGGCAUGAAUUGGAAUCUGCGCUUCAAUCCAACCACGGUCUCACUCUGCGAGGCAGCACGCAACAAACAACGGCACGUCAGGAAUUCACGGAGAACAUGAGGAAGAAGUUAGCAAAGAAACCGUGGAUCAUGGAUCACUUGCUUCCUGAUUUUGCGGUCUCAUGCAGGCGAUUGACACCUGGACCUGGUUACUUGGAGGCAUUGUGUGAGGAUAACGUGGACUUUGUUCCGAAAGAUAUCCGGCGCAUCACUCCGCGAGGCAUCGAAACAGUUGACGGGAAACAUACUGAUCUCGACGUCAUCAUAUGUGCAACCGGCUUUGACAUUUCUUUCCAUCUCGAUUUCUCCAUCGCUGGCCGCGGUGGGCUGUCCAUCCAAGAGAAAUGGACCCCGCAUCCCUCGACGUACCUCUCUAUGUGUACAGACGGAUUUCCAAACUGGUUCAUGGCAUUCGGCCCAAACUCGGUACUUGCUACCGGCUCGCUGCUCAUAUUGCUAGAGCGCCAGGUCGAAUAUGCAGUUGCAGCAAUGAAGAAGAUGCAGAGGGAGAGGCUGAAGAGUAUCGAGGUAAAGAAGGAAGCAGUGAGGGAUUUCGAAGAGUAUUUGGAGACCGUUUUCAGCGAGAAAUGCAGAUCUUGGUACAAGAUGGGUACAGAAGAUGGACGGAUUGUGGGCCUCUGGCCAGGCUCGUCAUUGCAUGGAUUGCGCGUUCUCGAGCACCCGCGCUGGGAGGAUUUCAAGUACGAAUCUGCCGACGGCGUUCACAAUCGAUUCUACUGGCUCGGUGAUGGGCAGACAUACAAUGAGAAAACUAUGACAGGCGACCGAGCAUGGUACCUGAAUGACAAUGAAGUGGACAUACCUCCCAGUGAGUGUCCCCGACAUUUGCGGCAGAUUAGCGUUUGA